AUGGCGAGUCCCAGUCAGCCUUCCAUCAAUGCAGAUGUCGACAUGCCAUCAGCGGGCGGGGCAGGCCCUGCUGUCGAUGGUCACAAGGCCUCGAUGCGCCGCUUGAGUUCUAAAGCUCCGCCUCCGGCAUCGUACAUGGCAAGAGUGGAAUGGACUGACGAGGAAACCAAAGAGCGCGGGAAAUUGCUAAGCAAACUCUCUCGCACGCUACCGGAAGCACCAAGAGCAGCCAGGUCCUCUUGGCUAAUAUUUUGCAGCGAGUACUGCGUAAAGAAAGGAGGAGCUUCAGGAGAAAUUUUUGGAGAAGCUGGCAAAGCUUGGGCGACCCUUGAGGCUGCUGAAAAAGGGGUCUAUGAUGCGCAAGCUACAGCCGAGAAAGAGAAAAACAAAGCUGAGAUGGAUGAAUUCAAGAAAAGCGACUCUUACAAAGGCCUGACGCAAGAAGUUGACAAAUUUCUUCUAGUGAAUCGGGUUCGAGGAAAGGGCAAAAAGGCAGAACUUUCUUGGAAGGAGUUCAAGGCACUGCGUGCCAAGAAGCAACCAAAGUUGGAUGGUGCAAAAGGCAAAGCAGAAUCUCGAGCAGAGGCCAACUGCAUCAACCGGAUUGCCUUGAAGCUUGCAGCAGCUGCACGCAAGACGUCGCCAGGAAGUGCAUUGCCAAUUCCACCCAAGUCAGCAUACGCACUGUACUCCAGCGAAAUCAUGUCGAAAGACAUGAAGGAGACCACCGAAAAGAAAACUGCCUCAUACCUGAAGGAUCUUUUGAAGAAAGUUGCUGAAGGUUGGGCCGGCCUAAGUGAUGAUCAGAAGUCAGGUUACAAAGAGACAGCGGCAAAAGACAGUGAGAGAUAUGCUGCUGAAAUCAAAACUUUCAAAGACUCCGAUGCGUAUUGCAAUUUUGUGCAGAAAGCAAGUGAGGUCUACAAAGAGAGCCAGGCGGAUCAGAAACCAGGAGAAGCUCCGAAAAGCAUCGCUCAAAUCAUCAAAGAAGCUGAAACCAAAGCCAGGGAGAAGGCCAAGCUGGAGAAGAAGCGUACGGUGUUGCAGAUGAAGUUGGUGAGUUGUUUGAAAGGUGGCGAAGGCGGUCCUCCAAAACCACCUGUUCAAGCAUUCUUGCUCUUCUGCAAUGAAAAGAGGGCAGAUGCAAUCAAGGAGCUGGCAACUGGUGCUGCAGGUGCUGAUUCCGCGAAGAAAGAAUCUGCCCCGAAGGAGAAAGAAGGGGAUGAAGAGAUGGAAGACCCGGAAGAACCGGAAGAGCCCGAAGAUGAGGAAGACGAGGAUGAGGAAGGCGGCAAAAAGAAAGGAAAAGGUGGCAAAGGUGGGAAAGGCGGUGGUAUGGCUGCCAAUGCCGCCAUCAUCAAGAAGCUUGGAGCGAUGUGGGCAACCGCAUCUGCAGAGGAAAAGGCAAAGUUUGAAGAACGAGUUGCAAAGGAGAAGGAGGCCAGAGCCUAUGCAGCUGAGAUGAAGGCUUGGUACGACUCUGAAGGUUUCAAGGCCUUCACCAUGGAGGUGGACGAAUGGGAAGCCGAGAUCAAGGACAAAGGUGGCUUCCCCAAAGCCCCGCUGAAGAGCUUCCGUGCCUGGCGUCGGAAGAAGCUGCAGGGGAAACGACAACAGCAGAAGUUGGCGGACCGAGAGCGUGCGAAGGCAGAAAAGAUGGCUGCAAAGAUGAAGGCCAAAGGAGAAAAGUUAAAGCCGAAGAAGGGCAAGGCCGGUGCAGAGGCACCUGAGGAACCAGUGGUUUUGCCACCCCUCUUGCAGAAGGAUCCAUUUUGGGACACCUGUUUGGAUUCCCCAGAGGCGAUUUUGGCAUCAGCUGAUGUCUUGCUUGGAGAUCGCGUGGCUCUUGCAGCUGCCAAACAUGGUGGUGCCAAAGGUCUGGCAGCACUGAAGUGGCUUCAGACGAAGCCGCACCAGGCGUCGUCUUUCUUCCGGACGGCAUGUGCAGACUGCCAGGAGACAGCCCUCCACUACGCUUUCCAACACGAGGACCUGGAGAUGAUCCAAAUUCUGCAGAAGGAAGCGAGUCGUCACAAUGGGCGGGACACUUGGGUCAGUGGAACCGUCAAGGAUGGGAUCAUGACUUUUGAGCUGGUGACAGGUGCGCAGCUCUGGUUUUGGCCUCCGCGCCAAAAUCAGAUUGGCUACCGUGCUGGCCCUUCCGAUCAAGAUCCCUUUGUCCAAGGGAGCGACAACAAGACACGUUUCAUCGUCCCAGGCGAUGCUGUUUGGGUCCGAGAGUUGCGUGGAUCAUGGAUUCGAACAGACAUUGCUUGGGUGCCACUGGUGGUUGGUUCUGAGAAGAGCUUCGUUCGCGAAGACCCCUCCCUGUGGCGGGUGAGACCCAACUUGCCAAACCCAGAGCUGCAACCAGUCUCCACUGGCUUCGCGCGUGGUAGAGCCUUCAGAGCUAAGAAGCUGCGGAAAGUGAAGCUGAGCCGAGGCGGCGCAGAAGGAAACCAGGCUUUUGUAAAGGACAUGGAGACAGAGGAUAACUAUGUCCAACCGAGGAUGAGGCUUGACAUCGCAAUGCAGUGGUCAAUUCGUCGUGGCAUGGGCUUCAAGACCCUGGCAGCGUGCUGCGAGAUCUUCCAGCAGAAUCAGCCAAGCGAUUUCCUCGGAGCUGCAGUGCAGUGUGGGCGCUGGCAGUUGGCGGGCGAUUUGGUGACCCACAUGGGAGUUGGUGAUUUGUAUGGCUUAAACCAACAGCAUCGCACAGCUCUCCUACCUGUGCCAACGGAGGCUGAGUUGGCAGAAUGUGUCAAGAGGAAAGCUUCGAUCACAAAAAAGGCAGUGGCAAAUUUUGAGAUCAUGCCCAUUCACUGUGCUUGCAUCAAUCCGACCUAUGGCAAGACCAUUUUGGAGAUGAUGUUGACACAGCUUGGGCCCGCUGCUGAAGACAUGUGCAAAGAUUCUGAGCAGCGGACACUAGUGCAUUAUGCAGCCGUUUGCGAAUCAGAAGAGCCACUGGAGGUCCUGUUGACCCAAGGCUUCUCGCCUCACCGAAUCGACAGCAACAGCAUGACGCCCUUGAUGUAUGCCUGCAUGGCAAACCGGCCGAAGAAUGUCGCGAGGCUCUUGGCUGCCAAAGCAGAUCCCUUGGUUCGUUCCUCUGAGCGCACAAGCUUCCACUUGUCGGUGCAGCAGGGGUCUGCUGAAGCUCUGAAAGCCUUGGUGUCACACAUGGCUACGUUGGCUGCCGAGAUGCCGCCACCGGUGAAGGGGAAGAAGGGAGGAAAGAAGCCUAAGCCCAGCUGGCAGUUGGCCACUUCGUCAUCUCAGCGAACCGCCUUACAUGAUGCUUGUGCAGUUGGUCGCUUGGACAUGGCCGUGAUGUUGCUUGAGGAAGCGCCUGGAGCCUUGCACAAGUGCGACAAGCAGGGACGCUCACCCUUGACCUUUGCUGUCAUGAAUGGACACGCUUUGUUAGCCUCGCAUCUCAUUCACCGAAGGGCUCUGGUGGAUCAAAAUGACAGCUCUGGAAACAGUCCACUGCACUAUGCCAUGGCCUAUAGCUGGCAAGACAUUGCCAAGCUCCUGGUGGAUUGUGGCCACGACCCAAACGUGCAAAACAAAUGGCGCAACUCUCCAGUGGACGUGUCGCUGUUGAAGGGCCAUGCUGCUUUGGCUUCCUGGUACGUGGCAGAGUGCCCAAUCCAGCCUGAUAGCUUUGAUGAGAAAGGCCGCACUUUGCUCACUCGCGCCUGUUCCAACUUGGGAGACAAAAUCUGGCGGAAUGUGUUGACAGCGCUGGUGUCGAAGCGUGGAGCUGAUGUGAAUCUCCCCGAUGGACAAGGAGACUUGCCUAUCUGCCUUGCAGCGCAUGCCUGUUCAGCUCACAAGAACAAUCCUGAGCUGAACUCAGCGUUGAAGCUGCUAUGCUCGGCCAAAGCUGAUGUGGGUCGUCGAGCAGAGAAGGGUCAGUUCCAAAACCAGUCUGCCAUCUCCAUUGCUUUGAAAGGCAGCAACAGCGACCUCCUGAGAAUGAUGUUGGAGAGUGGUGCUGGCUUAGCUGCCCAUGGUAGAGGUGAGACACUUCUUCAUGCUAUGCCUGAACGAUUGAUUCGGAGGGGUUAUCGAAAUGCCGAGGGAGAUCAGACAGCCGAGCAGAUUUUCCAGACCAUCAGAAGCUGUGUCCCGAAGGAAUCUUUGCGCGCCAUGGCACAGACCAUGGAUGCUAAUGGCCUUGCGCCCGUGCAUUCCGUCAUGUUGAACUUCAAGCAAGCCAUCAAAAUUUUGCGGGCGGAUCGGCAGAACAAAGAAGCUGAGAUGAAGAGCUUGCAGAAGCAGCGUGACGAGGCUAUGCGAAAGCAGCAGACCACAGUUGUAUCUCAGAUGCGUCACACCAUGGAAUCAAAGUCUCCGGCAUUACAACAAGCCUUGCAAACUGAGGAGGCUGCCAGAAAAGAUUUCCAGAAGUGUUUGCUAUGGUUGUGCGAGGAGGCUGGGGCGGAUCCAAUGCUGCCGAUUGGACCAUUGGAAAAGCCGUGGAAGGAUCCCAAGAAGCCGGAGGACGCACAGGCAAAACCUCCUUCUGUCAAUGCCGAGUAUCCUGUCGAGCCAGCGCCAAAGAUUGAGGAAGUCGUUGAACGCAGUGUUCUGGCUUUUGAUCAAUCCACGUAUUUCAAGUACCAACCAGAUUUAGGAAUGACAACGCCAUUGAUGUUGCUGGUGAAGACUGGCGAUUCCGAAGCCAUCGCUUGGUUCUUGGAUGAGUUGGCCAAGCGAAACCUGGUGGAAAAGGCGCUUGAGGCCUCAACUUUGUUCGGUACUACCCCGCUGGUCAUAGCUAUUCAAAUGGAAGUGCACCUCGACGAGGGGCUACUGGGUCGUUUGGCCUCACCCAAGGCUGCCAGUAUUCGCCGCUAUGAUGGAAAGACAGCUCUACAUUUGGCCACGACCGGAGGUGCACAUGGCUGGACCAAAAAUGUUCAAAGACAGGAGAACUUCAAGGACUGCCGCGCGGUGGCCUUUGAGGUGACCCUCAAAGCUGCAAAAAUGGCCGGUUGUGUGGAUGCCACUGAUGCCAAGGGUUGGACAGCGCUUGCCUGUGCAUUGUCCACUCAAGGUCCCAGGAUGCCAAAGAUGCUAGAGCCUUGGAAAGGAGGAAUAUUUAGCAGUCAAGCUACAGACUUUUCCCAGAAGGAUGCUAGCAUGGCUUCCGCAGAGAAUGCCAUGUACAAAGCAUUCGGAAAGAUUGAAGAGCAGUUGAAGAAUGCCAAGGGCUUCACUGCUGGAACAGGAGCUCCAGUCACUGCCACCUCCGUGCAAAGGAGAGUUGUCUCAGUCGCUGGCAUGGGAAGUCAUGUGAAAUGGAGGUUUGAUGACUUGGGCGCCAUUAUCAACGGCCUAAAGCACCCAGCUGCAGAAGCGGCAGGACUUAAGGUUGGCAUGCGACUUGUUUCGAUUGCGGGCAAUUCUGUAGCAGGUAUGCAGAAGGACCAGAUUCUCACCGCUUGGAAGAAUUUCUCAGGGAACACCGGAACUUUGGAGUUUGAGGACAUGGAUGCAGCGCCCACCCAAGAGCCAACACAAGCAGUCGGAGCUAAACAGCCUGCCUUUGGGAAUGCUGGUGGAUUUGGUGCUGGCAAUGCCUUUGGUGGCCCUGGUUUCGGUGCUCCAACACCUGCUUUCGGAGCACCUGCUCCAGCUUUCGGAGCAGCUUUCGGAGCAGCGCCUGGUGGAGGCCCCGCGUUUGCGUUUGGUGGGGGGAAUGGUUUCGGAGGUGCUCCUGCCUUGAAAGCAGCUCGCUUUGGAGGAUUGGCUGCCAGGGCAGCUCCUAAGUUUGGCUUUGGAGCGCCCGCUUCUCAAUUAGGCACUGUACCGGCAGACCCUGCGCCAGAGCCAGUUGAAGCAGAAUCUGCACCAGUCCCUGCCAUGGUAGGAUCAGCCGAUGCUUGCUAUCACAGCUUGGAUGCCUCAGCCGUUUACGCGAGUUUCCAAUGUCACAUCACGCAGGGCAGGUGGUACUUCGAGCUUCAACAUGUCCACAUUGAGAAGGGCAAGAUCGGUGUUGCAUUGUGCGGGCAUAAUUUAGUGAGCUCCCAAGAACCCCAAGUGAUUUGGAUCUCAGAUUCCAGGCCAUGGAAGAACGAUUCCACCAUCGGCGUGGCCUUGGAUUGUGAUGCAGCUACAGCCCAAUUGGUGAUGAACCAAGUUUGGGGUGAACCAACGGCUAUUCCUCGUGUGGAUCCAUCCUCUGGAAAGACGCUGAUGCCAGUUCUAUGUGGGGAGGGAGCUUGCACAAUUUGUUUCAAGAAGACGCAGCAAGCCUCUGACCACAAGAGCCUGCCCUUCCAGCAAAUUUCAGAUGUCAUGGCGCCAGCUCUUGGUGCCAGCCGCUUGGUGCAUGCUUUGCUGCAGGCUGGUGCAAAGCCAUCCUCAUCCAACAGGAAUGGCGAAAAUGGCGAAGUGAUUCUGCCCUUGCAUCUAGCAACUAAGUCAGAUGAUGCGCAAUCCGUUCGAUUGCUGAGUAGGAGUGGAGCCGACCUGAAUGUGACUGAUCCCACAUCGGGCCGCACUUGCGUCCACAUUGCAACUUCUAAGGGCUGCUUGGGCGCUGCCAUUGCCUUACUCACAGCGCGAGCAGAUGUGAACUUCCCUGAUCCGCUUGAGGGACAAGGUCAUCUUGGUGCAGCUUUGUAUGGGCAACGGAGGGGUCCCAGAUUGGCCUUGCACACAGCGGUGGAACAUGGAUCUGACAGCAUGGUUGGGCAGCUCGUGCAGUUUGGAGCCAACGUGGGAGUGUCCAUUGAGACACGCCAUGUCUCGAGCAAGAAGAUGUGGCUUCCGCUUCCACCAGCAGAUGUGGAUGCCACUGGCAAGGUCAAUGAUGAGUUCAAGAAGAAUGGGAAGGUUGGCAUUGCAGCGCCACUGGCCUUGGAACUGCUUCGCGCCCUGAAGAUCAAGGAGGAAGACCUUGAAGUAACGCUGACAGCUGUGACAGCCAGGGCCAAGAAGGUUGCAGGUUUGGAUGCUGAUUCUGGUGCAGCCUCAGCUGGCAUUGUCCCAAUGUUUUGUGGUACCGUGGAAUCUCUGCCAGCUGAAAAGGACCAAAGCCUCUUCUCAAUCGGCGGCGGUGACUUUACCGCUUUGCUCCAGCAGUCUGACAAGAAGCUGCAGAUGUUGGUCUCGCGGCAAAAGCUGAUGUACUACCAAGAUGUAGAAUCCAUCAAGAUUACCUACGCACAACCGCUCCAAAAGGCAGCAGCCAGAAAUGCAACGGCGAUGGUCAAGGUUUUGCUCAAUGCAUCUGCUGAUACCACAGUUGUGGACACCUUGGAUGGACGUCAAGCGAUUCAUCAUGCAGUAAAUCAUUUAAAUGAGCGGAUGGUGAGGCUCUUGCUGAACAAGACUACGCCUCUGGACACACCAGACGCGACAACCAACAAAGCCACUGCCAUUUUCUAUGCCGUGAAAGCUGCGACUGAAAACAAACCAUAUGGUGCUGGCAUCCUGAAGGAUCUACUCGAAGCCAAAGCAACGAUUGACAAAGCGUGUUGCCAAGGAGGACAUACAGUUUUGCACGUUGCAGCAGGAUGCCGUCACCUUCAGGUGCUUCAGCAACUGCUGGAUCUUCGUGCCUCACCGACUUCAGUGGACCCAGCCAAGCGGACACCUUUGCACUGGGCUGUGAAUUCGGCUUCUGCGAGCGAGCCUUCCUUCGAUGCUGAAAGGUUGUUGCUGAAUGCAAGGGCAGAUGUGAAUGCACUGGAUGUUCAGCAUAGAAUGCCGCUGCACUAUGCCUUUGUCAAGAAAGAGAAGCAGCUUGACACCUCUGCCGCAGAUCCCGUGGAGACAGUGACAAGUCUUUGUGCCGUUGAAGGAGUUCAGGUGGAUGUCCCUGAUGAGUUUGGAGCAACUCCGCUUCUGUGUGCAGCUCGAAGGGGUGCAACCAUCUCCUCAUUGUACCUAUCGAAGCGUGGUGCAAAUCUAAAGACCCGAGACAACGCAGGGAAUGAUGCCCUGGGCAUUGCUUUGGCUGGUGGGCACGACCAGUAUGCAAUUACCUUGUUGAGCCAGGGCGCUGGGGACGUGGAAGCCCCAAUGCGUCAUCUCCGACGUGUGGCGGACGAGGGAGCAGCAGGUGAUCGCAAGCGGCAACGAGUGACCCCUGGUCCGCCGCUAUCCCUAUUCCGUGAAUCUACGUCCAGACAUUGGCUUGGCCUGUCGUACUUGCUGCUGGAUCAUGGCUACCCCUUCCAUGGUGCAAUUCAAGAUGCUCUUGAGCUCGGGGAGUUUCGUCUGGUCUUGACUUUGCUCUCAAAGAUCAAUCCUUCUGAGAAUCACGUUCUGCAGCGCUUGGAUACCAAGCAGCGGAACUUGCUGCACGCCUUGGCUGGCUUUGGGAAGACCUUGGCUCCAGAGGCGACUGCCAUCGCAGAUGAACUGUUCAGACGUGGCCUGCAGCCAUUGGCGCUUGAUGCCAACCAGCGGCUUCCUCUCCAUGAUGCCGCUAUGAAUGCUCACCGCGAGUUGUCUCGCUGGCUGAUUCGCCAGGAUCCUUCCAAAGGCAGCUGUGCAGCAAAGGAUGCUGAGGGUCAACUUCCGGUCCAUGCAGUGUGUACGCGUCAGUGGCUGCAGCAACAUUCAGAGGCGGAUCAUUUAGCGUUCCUCGACAUGAUUUUGCCGCUCUACCCGUCAGCUGCACAGAUGUCCUUUGACUAUGCGGCUGGCGCAAAAGUGGAGCUUGAGCAAUGCAAAGCCGCAGACCGUGAUGUGCGAGAGCUGGGGCCUGAUCCAAAGUUGAAUGUGCCGUUGGUCAACGUCGCCCGCACGGCAUUCAAGAAGUCAGUGGCGAGACUUCUUGAGGCUCGAAGCGAUCCCAAUAUGAAAGAUGGCAGAAAUGCCACGAGCUUGUGCAAUGCUUUGCAAAGCUCAUGCGCUACAACCCUGGAAGUGGUGAAGCUCCUGCUUUUCCAUGCUGCAGAUGCCAACGGAAGGGAUGGGGGCGGUAAGACACCACUUCAUUAUGCAGUGGUUUCCAAGUACCAUCCAACCGAGCUCAUCAUGGAGUUGGCUCGUGCGGGUGCACGCUUCACUGAAGCCCCUUCGGCGAAGCAUGAAGGAUCUUUGGUCUUGGAUGCCUUGAACUUCUCGGCGCCUGCAGAUGUCUUGACGAAGCUGCUGAAGCUCGGAGCAAAUCCGAGCCAAGGCACAGAUGCCAAGGGCCGCGCGCCGUUGCUGCUGGCUGUGGACCAGCGCAACCAGUUGGCCAUUUCCUCGCUCCUGGCGCAUAAGGCCAAUGCCACUGUGCUGGAUGCUGCAGGCCGUUCAGCAUUGAGUGCCGCUAUGACUAUGGCAGCCUGGAAGACAGCGGAGGCCUUGUUGAAAGCUGGCGCUGAUCCACAAAAGGGACGUGACAAGGAUGGACAGAAGCCACUCUUGACAGCUACGAUUGCAGGCAACGCAGCCUUGGUGCGGCACUUGCUGAAGGCCAAAGCUGAGACUUCGGCAGGAGAAGACAAGUUGGGUCGGUCGCCAUUGAGUGUGGCGAUCUUGGCGAAUCGGAAAGAUGUGGUGGAUGAGUUGUUGAAUGCACAUGCAGACCCAAGCCACAAGGACAAGAAGAUGCGGAACGCAUUGCACCAUUGCAUCCAGCCAAAGCCGCAUCUCUCAUACGAAUGCACCCGGCUGCUUGCUGCAAUGCUACGCACUCCUCAGGCGCGAGAGAUCCCUGGCGCAGAGGGAUUGAAGGAGGGACGAAACCAUGAGAAGAUAUUCGCGCAUCACCUGCCGCAUCACAAACAGACUUGCAUAGAUACACCAUGA